UACAGAACAGUGAUGCCACGCGCAGGCAACCACACACUCCAGAUUGGAAUUACACAAACUCAGUGCACAACCAAGUCAUUUUCUCAGCCAUUCUCAUGCAACCAAGUCAACCACAGAGGAACAAAUCUACUUUGAACGGCGACAGCACUUCUUUUGUGAAUAAUUACUUGAAAAGAGAAAGGACAUCGUUUUUAGCAGGUGGCACAAGCCAUUGUUAUAUUUGAUGAAAUUCCAUCAGUUGAUACGCCUUUGCAUCCAGAGCAACGUGUAAUAGUGUAACAGCUUCUGAUUUUUAUUCUCCUCCGGUGGCACCAAAAUGCAGAGGAUAUGGCAGAAACAUGAAGACACGUGUAUUUUCUUCAACUGAGAUGUGCUAUUAUCUUUAUCUCGCUCUCAGGCACAUAUGCUGGAUUAUGUUGUAAUGUAAUGUAUUUGGAACUGAUUCCACCCUCUGUUUAAAUACAGUCGAUGAGCCACUUGUCCGAUUUAUAACUUUCAGGGGGAAGGCAUUUGAGUGAACUUCAAUAUAUUUAUUGACUGACAAAUGAAUCCCCAACACGCCCAAUCCGAAAAUACACAGGGACAGAGUGGAAGGCACAGUAGCAAAUGCGUGCUUUGCUGGUACGUGUUAAGCCUAUACUGGAAUCUCACAAUCCUCGUGUAAGCUUUUUUUGGUAGCUGUUAAGAUUUGCUGGGUGCAAGGAUUGAUUCUUUCAAGGGAUUCGUCGUUUUUCCCCCCAAAAAUAAAGAAUUGGACUCAAGACUUGGCUGGUAGUAGCCUACUACGCCCCUGCAUUACAAAUCUUAACUUGCCCCAUUUUUUUCCUUUUAAAAAAGGUCAUUUGAACUUCCGAUUCAUGGGGCUGGGUUUGCGUCUUACGGAAAUCUUGGCUUGCAGAUCAGAGGGAAGCACGUGUAAUUUGCUCUCGUCGGCUGCAACGAUGCUUUUCCACGGUCUCCCUGGAGGAGAGAUGCAGGGCGUUAUGGAGGAGAUGGAGCGCAGAGGCAAAGGCGACUCGUCGGCGAUCAGCUCGGCAAUAGACAUGGGGGAGACAGGAACGAGCAUGCCGUCUAUCAGCGGGGACAGGGUGGCCCUGUGCGCCGGCUGCGGUGGGAGGAUUUCGGACCGCUACUAUCUACUGGCCGUGGACAAGCAGUGGCAUAUGCGCUGUCUCAAGUGCUGUGAAUGCAAACUCAACCUGGAGUCCGAGCUAACGUGCUUCAGUAAAGACGGCAGCAUCUACUGCAAGGAGGAUUAUUACAGGAGGUUUUCAGUGCAGAGGUGCGCGCGAUGUCACCUGGGCAUUUCGGCGUCGGAGAUGGUGAUGAGGGCGCGAGACCUGGUCUACCACCUGAACUGUUUCACCUGCACGACCUGCAACAAAAUGCUUACGACGGGGGACCAUUUCGGCAUGAAGGACAGCUUGGUGUACUGUCGGCUCCAUUUUGAAAGCCUCAUCCAGGGGGACUAUCCGGCACAUUUCAAUCACUCGGAUGUAGCGUCUGCUAAAGGACUGGGCACGGCUGGACCGUUGGGACUCUCAUAUUAUAAUGGCGUCAGCACGGUGCAGAAAGGCCGACCCAGGAAGCGAAAGAGUCCUGGGCCGGGAGCUGAUCUAGCCGCCUACAAUGCAGCUCUGAGCUGUAACGAGAACGAUGGGGAUCCCAUGGAUCGCGACUCCCAGUACAGCACGGGUCAGAAGACCAAGCGCAUGCGGACGUCAUUCAAGCACCACCAACUCCGUACCAUGAAGUCGUACUUCGCCAUUAACCACAACCCCGAUGCCAAGGACCUCAAACAGCUGGCCCAGAAGACUGGCCUCACCAAACGCGUCCUGCAGGUUUGGUUCCAGAACGCACGGGCCAAAUUCCGACGGAACCUCUUGCGGCAGGAGAACACGGGCGUGGACAAAGGUUUGGACGGCUCAGCACUGCAGGGUGGCACACCCUCAGGACCCGCCUCAGAGAUCUCCAACGCGUCGAUGAGCCCGUCCAGUACGCCCACCACCCUGACGGACCUCACCAACCCUACCAUGCCCACCGUGACGUCGGUGCUGAGCGCAGUGCCCGGGGGCAUGGACGUGCUCGAGUGCCGCAGCCCCUCCCAGACCACUCUUACCAGCCUCUUCUGAUGCUCGCCGCCCACGAUGCCCUGGCACACUGGCAUGCCCGCCUGCCCGUACGUCCACUGUGUAGACCACAGACGGGCACAGGUGCCCUCACAAACUGGCAGUCGGGAGAAGGUUCUGACCAAACCCGAUCAUUACCACGUCCAACUGACCACAGACCACAUACACUCCUCGCCUUCGCUGGGCUUGUUUGGAGAUGCGUUAGGCCGUCGUCACAACAGCCGGGCGAAGUUUGGCAACGCAGCAAGAUGGCUCCAGAGAGCACCACAGGCUAGCGUCCACACCAGCACCCGCGGCCUCUCUUGACGUCACUCUCCUCUCCCCUCGUCCACCCCUCUGGGGUGGCUGUCGCUAUAACGACUGGCUCCAGAUGCCAGAAUUCCGGUAAAACCGACGUAAACUGUUGUGAACUGUUGUAAACUGUUGUAAACUGACAAACUAAGAGAAAGGAACUCUGGCUAGUUUCACUCUUGAGUCUAUUUUAGAAUAAUGCAGAACAAAUGUCCAUGUGUUCCUCUCUUUUUAUUCCUUUUGAUCUUUUCUGUUGAUGUUGUUGUUUCUGUUUUCUUUUCUUCUUUUUUUUCCUGGAGAUUUGAAGAUGAGCAUUUUCCUCACACCAUGUUUACAGAAAGAGAUUUUGCAGAGCAAACAAACAGAGCUUCAUUUCUGAGCCUCGGCCUGUUAUUUAUGUAUUAACUGUGGGGUCAGAGAGAGGGAGAGAGAGAGAGAGAGAGAGAGAGAGAGAGAGACUCCGGGCCAGUACCGGUCCAGUUCUGGGUCUUGAUGACUCGGUCGCUGAGUCGGCAGCUAGAAGGAUUCUAAUGUGAAUAAUUAUGCAGCGGAGCAAGCACCGGAACCGCACUCCAGUUUCACGCCUCACUCUGCUGCCCAGCAUGAUGAGCAGGAAGUUGAGGAAGACGAAGAGGAGGAGGAGGAGAGCUCAGCAUUCAUGAGCAUCGCGCUCCUCAUCACUGUUGCUGUUUGAAUAUGGAUGGUGGUACUCAGCAGGGCAUAGGACAGAAAAGGGUUAGACAAGCUACGGGCUCGCUCUCUCUGUGUGUGUGUGUGUGUGUGUGUGUGUGUGUGUGUGUGUGUGUGUGAGAGAGAGAGAGAGAAAGACUACACCUUUAAUUGUGUUUGUGUGUGUGUGUGUGUGUGUGU